GUGAAUAUAAAAAUGGAAAAAAAAUUGGUACUUGGGAUAUUUUAUUUAGAUUGUGUAUGAAUGAAGAGUGUAAAUAAAUGUACAUUACUUUAAUUAAUAAAUAUUUAGUGGUGGAGGAUAAUAUGAUUAUAAACUCUAAGGAGAUUCAAUUAAAAUUGGAAGAUGGGUUGAAUUGAGCGAUGAUUUUUAUUCACAUUCUCGAGUCACAUAUUGUGGGGAAUAUAGGAACGGAAAAAAAGAGGGAAAAUGGGAUAUAUUGUAUAUUAAUAAGGAGAAUAACAAAUAAUAAAAAAUGUAAUCUAAAUAAAACAUAGUUUAAGAGGAGGCGGAUUAUAUGAGAAUAAUAUAAAAAUUGGAAGCUGGAUUGAACUAAUAAGUAGGUUUUCUUAAAAAAGAUAUGUAAAAUUUUAAGGUGACUAUAAAAAUGGGAGAAAAGUUGAUAAAAACUUAGAAUAGAUGUAAAACUGAUAAACAAAGAUUUUAGUGGUGGUGGAUUAUAUGAUAAUAAAGUGCAAGGAAAGGAAAUUAAAAUUGGGAAAUGGAUUGAAUUACUUGAUUGGUUUAGUUGGGAUUCAUAAAUCACAAUUAACGGUGAUUAUUUAAAUGGUAAGAAGGUUGGUAGUUGGAAUUUUUUUUUAGGAUAAAUAAUGAAUUUAAAAAUGUGUAAAUUUAAAACUUAUUAAAGAGGCGGUGGUACAUAUGAUUUCUUACAGGAAAAAUCUAUUAAAGUUGGGAAAUGGAAAGUCUUGAAUGAUGGGUUUCAUUGUUAAUCAAAAGUAACUUAUCAUGGUGAAUACUUAAAUAAUCAAAAAGCUGGUAGUUGGAAUACUUAUUAUAAAAGAUAUAGUAAAAAGGAAAGGAUGUAAAUAUUAUAUAAACAAAUCUUUUAGUGGCGGAGGGUUAUUUGAUAUGGGAAUCAAAAUUGGAAAAUGGAUUGACUUGGAUGAAGUUUUUUAGUAUGAUGCAUAAAUUCAAUAUAUUGGAGACUACAAAAAGGGUUAAAAAGUAGGUUAAUGGGAUACUUAUUAUAAUAAUGAAUUUUAGGAUUAAAGAAACUAAAAAAUGUAAAUAACAAAGAAUCCAUAAUAGUGGUGGAGGAAUGAGGAGAUUGAUGGUAAUAAUUUAGGUUAGUGGAUUGAGUUAAGCGAUUAUUUUAAUAAAUUAUAAUAAUAAAAUUAUAAUGGUGAAAUUUAUGGAAAUCAAUUUAAUAGCUAUGAGAUUUUUUAGAGUUCAUGUAAUUAAUUUAAACAGAUGUAACAUAAAAAUUAUAAAAAUAUUAGUGGUGGUGGUUUAUUUGACGAAGAGGAGUGCGGCGUUAAGAUUGGAAAUUGGAUUGAAUUGAUCGAUGGAUUUGAAGCUAGAUAGUAAAUUACUUAUAAUGGCAAAUAUAAAAAUGGUAAAAAGGUUGAUGGUUGGGUGAAAAUGGAUAUAAGAUGGAACUUAAAAUUAGGUGAUCUGAUUUAUGAUAAUUGAAUAUAAUAAUAGGAAG